AUGCAAAAAGAAAAGUUAUAUAUUCAUAAAGAUCAUCUACAGCGAACAUUCUUGCAUAUUGCUAUUGAAAAAGCAAACAACACCCUUGCUAAAGCGCUUGUAUUUAGUGGUUUCAACGUUAAUACUAAAGAAGGAUGUGGUAUAACUCCACUUCAUUUGACAAUUACUUGUGGCAACAUAUCAAUGGCACAGUUUUUGAUUGAUAGAAAUGCACAGUUCAAUGGUCCUAUGUUUUCAAGCAUUCCCUCUCCAAAGACGAUGGCUGAGAAACUUCACCUUACCGAGUUACUAAGAAUCAUGGAGGCGAAAGAAGAGGAAUCAGAAGAAGAUGACACUAUAGCCAGCAUUGACCAUAGAUUCAACCUGAAGCCAUUAAUCAGUUCAACAGAGGAAACAGAGAAAUUAGUAGGAGAGUCGAAGAGUUUGUCACUCACAUAG